AUGAACUUCAUCACGCCUUCGGAAAGGUCAACAGAAAUCACACAAGCUGUGGCGAAGUUCAUCGCCGGUGACCUACAGCCAUUAUCCGUAGUCGGAAAGGCAUACUUUAAGAACCUUUUGUCUGUGAUGGACCCAAAAUAUGAACUACCAUCUCGGAGAUAUUUCACAAUGAAUGUGAUACCAGAGAUGUACACAUCAGUUCGUACCAAUGUUGAACUGGAACUUAAAGAAUGUGAAAGUUUAGCUAUCACAACAGAUGGUUGGACAUCCCGUGCCUGUCAAAGCUAUCUUACAGUAACUGCACAUGGCCUUGAUUCUAACUGGAAGCAGCAUAAUUAUGUCCUUGCAACACGAAUGCUUGAUGUAUCCCAUACCGGGGUUAAUGUAGGUGAGGCCCUUGCAGGUGUUGUAGCCGAGUUUGGUUUGCAGAGACCAUCAGGUACAGCUGUUGUGACUGACAAUGCUGCAAAUAUGGACAUUGCAGCAAAAGCUGCCAUGCUCACUCCACAUGUGAAGUGUUUCGCCCAUACUGUGAAUUUGGCUUGUCAAAAGGGUGUCAAAGUUCAAGAAUUCUAACCACUU